AUGAAAGUUAUAAGGUUUUGGUCUUUCAAUGGAGAAAGACAUCCCGAGCUUGAUUCUAGAUGCCCUAACAAAUCUAUUCCUCCCGACUUUGAUUAUACAAGAGAUAUGGUACAUGAUGCCUUCAGAGAUGUAGAAAAAGAACUGGAUUCAUUGAAGUCACUUCUUGAAGAAUGUCCAAAACAACCUGGUAACAAUAUUGAUGUCUACUUGGCACUAUUGAUAGCAUAUCUAAAACUCUUGUGGGAAACUGGCGUGAAGACAUAUGAUGCUUAUAAGAAAGAAUACUUCAAUCUAAGAGCAAUAUUAAUUUGGACUAUAAAUGACUUUCCUGCUUAUGGUAAUCUUUUGGGGCGUGUUUCCAAAAGUUAUUAUGCGUGUCUAAUAUGUUCAGAGAAUACUUGUUCACAGUGGUUGCCAAAUUUAAAGAAAGUAUGCUUUCUUGGUCAUAGAAGAUUCCUGCCACUUCAGCAUCCUCUUCAUAAAAGAAAAAAAGAUUUCAACAAUCAACAAGAGGAGGAUGAUGCUAUAAAACAACCAUAUCAGACGAAGAAUGGGUUCAGAGCACAACAAGAUCUUGAAGAGAUGGGCAAUAAGCCUGAAUUACAAACUCAACCAAGAGGUAAUCGUACUUGGCUUCCGCCUGCAUGCUACACAUUGAAUACCUCGGAGAAACACCGGUUUUACGAGACCCUGUCUACCAUAAAAGUGCCUGAUGGGUAUUAUUCGAAUUUCAAGAAUUUCGUGUCUGAUGAUGUAUCAAAGAUGAAUAGUUUGAAGUCUAAUGAUUGUCAUGUACUGAUGCAACAACUUCUCCCUUUUGCAAUAAAGGGGGUGUUACAUGUGAAAGUGAGGAAAACGAUCAUAGAGAAGUAUUUUCCUCCUUCGUUUUUCGAUGUCAUGAUUCACUUGAUGGUGCAUUUAGUUAGAGAGGUGAGGUUAUGUGGCUCAGUUCAUUUUAGGUGGAUGUAUCCAUUUGAGAGAUACAUGAAAACCCUCAAAGGCUAUGUACAGAAUCAUCAUCGACCCGAAGGUUGCAUUGCAGAAUAUUAUGUGGGCAGAGGAAGCCCUGGAAUUUUGCUCAGACUACUUAAAAACAUGAAAUCAAUUUGCAAUCCUCAUAAACGUGCUGAUGAAAGAAUUCGCACCGACAAACCUUUAUCACGGGGUACAGUCGAGGUUGUAGAUGCUAAGCUACUUGAUGAAGCUCAUCUUUAUGUAUUACGAAACACUUCUGAUGUGGAGUCGUAUAUAGAGAAACAUAUGUUGGAAUUGAAGGAUCAUAACCCCCGUGCCUCUCGAAAUAGUAAAUGGUUGCAGACUCAGCACAGUCGGACAUUUAUUAGUUGGCUUAAGACCAAGAUUGCUAGUACAAAAGACUCCAAUCCCGUGUAUGGUGCUAUUACUUAUUAUGGUCGUACACAUGAGAUAUGGGAUCUUGAUUAUCACAUAUUCACUGUUCUUGUUUUCAUGUGUGAUUGGGUUGAUAGUCGUGGAAUAAAAAAAGUUGAUUUUGGAUUCGCAGUGGUUAACUUUGCUAGGCUUGAUCAGCAAUCUGAACGCUUCAUAUUAGCUAGUCAAGCCAAACAAGUUCUACUUGGUACCAUGGAAUCAGAUCAGUCUUCGAGUCAUGAUGAAGACUCUAAACAAAGAGGUCUGACAAUAAAGAGAAAAACUACUAAAGGAAAAGUUAUUGUUACUUACAGUAAAAAGGGUGUUCCGAUUGGUGUUGAAGCAAAGAAACUUGCUUCCUUUGAGGGCAUGAUAGCAAGAUCAAUGAUGAAUUUUGAACUUGAUCCAAGGAGUCGGAAGAAUACCCUUCAAUCCAUUGGGACAAAGUGA